GGCUCGCCACCCUCCCGGGGCAGUUUGGGCCGGACGCCUGGGUCCUCUGGCCCCUCCCCUCGGGGGCGGGGUUAGGCAUUCUGACCAAUGGCCAGUCGUCACCGAGGCCCCGCCUACGCCCCGCCCCCGGAGUCGCGGCGUCGCAGAGUGCCCAACCGCCCGGCGCCCUGGCCUGGGGCAGCGCGAGCGCCCGAACCUGCGGCUGCUCCCUGCCCCAGGACACCAAGAUGCCCGGUGAACAGCAGACAGAGGAGGAGGAGGAGGAAGAGAUGCAAGAAGAGAUGGUGCUGCUGGUGAAGGGUGAGGAGGAUGAGGGUGAAGAGAAGUAUGAAGUGGUGAAACUCAAGAUCCCCAUGGACAACAAGGAGGUCCCGAGCGAGGCGCCAGCGCCGUCGGCGGACCCGGCGCGCCCACACGCGUGCCGGGACUGCGGCCGUGCCUUUGCGCGCCGCUCCACAUUGGCCAAGCACGUCCGCAUACACACGGGCGAGCGGCCCUUUGCGUGCACCGAGUGCGGCCGGCGCUUCUCGCAGAAGUCGGCGCUGACCAAACACAGCCGCACGCAUACGGGCGAGCGGCCUUACGAAUGCCCAGAAUGCGACAAGCGCUUCUCGGCCGCCUCGAACCUGCGGCAGCACCGGCGGCGCCACACGGGCGAGAAGCCGUACGCAUGCGCACAAUGCGGCCGCCGUUUCGCGCAGAGCUCCAACUACGCACAGCACCUGCGCGUGCACACGGGCGAGAAGCCGUACUCGUGCCCGGACUGCGGACGCGCCUUCGGCGGCAGUUCGUGUCUGGCGCGCCACCGACGCACGCACACGGGCGAGCGGCCGUACGCAUGCGCCGACUGCGGCACGCGCUUCGCUCAGAGCUCGGCGCUGGCCAAGCACCGGCGCGUGCACACGGGCGAGAAGCCGCACCGCUGCGCCGUGUGCGGCCGCGGCUUCGGCCACCGCUCCAACCUGGCGGAGCAUGCGCGCACGCACACAGGCGAGCGGCCCUACCCAUGUGCCGAGUGCGGCCGGCGCUUCCGCCUCAGCUCGCACUUCAUCCGCCACCGUCGCGCGCAUAUGCGGCGCCGUCUCUAUAUCUGCGCGGGCUGCGGCCGGGACUUCAAGCUACCCGCCGGAGCCACUGCCACUGAGCGCUGCCCAGAUUGUGAGGGCAGUUGAAUCGCCAUUCUUAUCUCCGCGGGGUGCGAGCUGGGGAGGGGAACGCUAGUAUCCCGACCUGGGGCUGCGUUAACCCGGACAACUCCCCGCCCCGCCACCUGCGUCUCAGAUAGGGUGAGACGGCGGGCCUGGGUGCCCUGGAACUGGGAGACAGGGAGGAUCCCCUACCGGGGUCCCUGGAAACGCGCCCACCUCCCCCUCAUUACAUCCCCUCGGCCCGUGUGAAUAAAGUAUUAUACUCUCA